AGUGCCUGGCGGAUUCGAACUGCCGACCUUUUGGUUAGCAGCCGUAGCACUUAACCACUACACCACCAGCGUUUCCGAAAGAGGGUCUUGGGAGAGGAAAUGGCUAGUGGUGAUAAUUUCCCUUAUGGAUCCAGAAUCCCCUUCUGACCCACAUUUUACCUCCAAAUGGGCAGUAAACACUGUUUUCUCAGUACCACCUCACUACUGAGAAAGUAGUGUUGGACAUCUGCUGCCUAUAGCUCUAUAUUGGUAUAUCCAGUAACUUCACUGGGAAACUAUUGUCUCAGGUUGUUUUUUGUAGUUGGCAGUGGGGUAAUACAGCUUGGCAUAGAUCAGAAAGUCCAAAAUUGUGCCUCCCAACCCAGAACCACCAGCCCAAGCCCCUGGGGGUCCUGACUUGACCAUGUGUUCAGAAGGAAAGGUUAGGCUGAGAGAACAGCUCUAAACCCACGAGUUUGGAUCUUUUCCUCUUUUGGACAUAGCCUCAGAAGACAAAAUUCUAUACGCUAUACUUGAUCCUGUACCAGGCGUCAAAGUUUCAUGCCUGCAGGUCAUGAGUUGGUGGUACGUUCUGUUUGGUUCAUUUAUUCAUCAGGUUUUAAGGGAGAUAAUAUAACCAGGGUGUUAUAGAGAGGAGCUUCCAUAAGACUAGAUUAUCUUUUGCUGAAAGCCAUUGCUUUCCAGUCAAUUCUGACUCAUAGUGACCCUAUAGGACAGAGUAGAACUGCGCUAUAGGGUUUCCAAAAAGCGGCUGGUGGAUUCGAACUGCCAGCCUCUUGGUUAGCAGCUGAGCUCUUAACCAUUGCUCCACCAGGGCUCUAGCUUUUGCUGAAUACUCUGAUAUGUGUAUGUGUGUGUCUAUAUACGUAUAUAUGUACACAUACAUAUAUAUACAUAUUUAUACAUACAUGUAUGUAUACUUAUAUAAACGUGUUUAAAUGUAAGACACUGUUAUCACACACAGAGCAGUCCUUGGCACAGAGUACAAAGUGUUCUAUGCACAAGAAUUUAUUUAAUCCUUUUAUCAACCCUAUGAAGGAGAUACUAUUACCCUUAUUUUGCAGAUGAAGAAACUGAAACACAGAGAGGGUAAAUGGCUUGUCCAAGGCAUACAGCUAAGAAGGAGCAGAGCCAGGAUUCAAACUGAGGCAGAACAGACAAAUCAACAACCAGAUACAUCAAAUCCUGUCCCACAGUAUAUAUAGAUUAUGCUUUUCUUCAUGAGGAGGGCAGAGCAGAGACCGGAAGCCUUGGAAUGCCAGUCCAUUGACUUGGAAUGCAUGUCUUAUAGCAGUGACUGUGUCUACCCUAGACUGUAGGAUCUGUAACUGGAAAAAUUACAUUCUCCUUUUUCCUAAUUAAGACCACUGCGGCAGGGAGGAAGAGUAAGGGCCUACAAUAAAGGACACCUUGUACCAGUCCAAGUAAAGGAGCCCUGGGCUCCAGGUCCUUGCUGCCUGAGUGAUGGAGCUGUCUCAAGGCUAACUUAAAGGAUCACACGGUGGGUCUGCUUUAUUCUUAGUAGACCUAGUGCUUUAGGAGCAACAGUAUUACACAUUUUUAUUACAAGCAGCAGCUGGAGCAGUGAUAAUCAACCUUGUUGGAGUCAACAAAAAUAUUUCUGAUUUGAAUGGGGAUGUAUCUAUAAGAGCGAAUCUUACUAACACUAUGCUGAGUGGAAAAAGUAAGUCUCAGAAAACUAUAUACCAUGUGAUACCCUUUUUAUAUAAACAAAAGGAUUGUGGUUACCUACAAGGCAAGGAGUCCCUGGGUAGCACAGACAGUUAAGUGCUGGAUUACUAGCUGAAAGGUUGGUGGUUUGAACCCACCCAGAGGCAUCUCAGAAGACAGGCCUGGGGAUCUGCUGCUGCCCUGAAAACACUAUGGAGCAGUUCUACUCUGCACACAUGGAGUCUCUGUGAGUUGGAAUUGACUCAGCUGGCUACUAAGGACAACAAUGGGGCAAGGUGGGAGGAUGAGAUAGAGAAGAAAGGCAUAGGUUGAUGUGAGUUUUUAUCUUCUGGUUUUUGUGGUGAAUGGUAGACUCUUGGGUAUUUAUUACAUUUAAAUUUUUAAUUAAAAAAUAAACCUGCUAUUUUGAAUGUAGCUAAAUGCAACUUAUAAAUGAUUCCAAAUUUAUCUGAAAAAAGGUAAGCAACCUUUUUGAAUUAAUUCAAUUAGAAUUUAGGCUCCUAAAGUCAGAUAUGGGGUCCAUUAGGAUUCUUGUGACUUCUCUCUGGUUCUUCCUUCAUAACAUAUGAUGUUAAUUCUACAUCAAGGCUUCAAUGUCCACUUUUUCCUUAAUUCCUUUGCUACCUAAAUAGAAUACUGUGUGUGUGUCUUAAGUCGCUCUUGUUUUUUUCUGAGAUGGCCCCCAGCACGCAGAGAAGAACAUGCUCACUAAGAGGUUCGGAAAAUAAAGGGAAACUGACAUGACUUCUGCCCUCCAUGGUGUACAAUUUAGGAAAUGAGACAAUACACAUGAGAGUUAACUAACACUUAAAGGCACUAUGAAAUUAAGAGCAAGUGGCUGUCAGAUGGUGAGACGAAACCAUAAAUCAUCCAGCAAAAUAAAAAACAAAACUCAAAAGUUCUUAGUGUACCAAUGGUGAGUGAGCUGCCUUUUCACAAACAAAAGACAAUAAUUCUUUGAUUCAAAGAAAUAGUUAACCAGUGUUGGGUGACCCAACUGAACUUGAUUCCUGAGGAGAAUACAAGAGAACAUGGCUCUGUCCUUGAUAAAGUUAACAAAGUCAAUUAGAGGGAAAAAAUAACAUGAACGAGAAGCGGAGAACAGAAAAAGACUUGUGGGUAAGUGAAACAUUAUGUACUGCAGGAGACCUCAGCGGUCUGAGAGGAAGCUGAAAUCCUAGGUCUGCAUUUCUUUAGCAGCUCAAAAGUACCCUGUUUUUCUAGAGGCUGGGAGGCCUGUGCCCACUGACUUGGUCCUGCAACAUAUUUUUACUCAAUUAUAUAAUUAAAUCCCUUUACCUAGUUUAACCCAGGAUUCCUCCUUUUCUGAGGUCUCUUUGAAGACUGAUGAGAAAGCCCAACCAAGCUACUGUUGGUAGAAUUAUUGUAGGGGAAUUAGCUUUGCUACAUCAUAAAGGAAGGUAUCUUAGAUACCUCAGAAUGUGUAAAUAGCAGGUGCAUUUGACAUUAUUUCCUUAGUUACGCUUCUUUUUCCCCUACUGGUUAGGAAAUGUAACUUUCUUAGGCCUGACUUUAUUGGCUUAAUUUUGUAUUUGAAGUUUGAAAUGUGCGCAGGGCAUCCACAGGUAACUUUCAGGUUAUCCUCUGAUGCAACUUAAAAGUAUUCACUUUGGUUAUUUUUAGCCUACAGGACACAGGUAGGCUCAUGCCUCUUUCCCACAUUCCUCAUUCAGAGCAAAUGCACAGUUUGUCUGGAUAAUAGUGUGUAAUGUUAAUCAAACCUACUUUGGCGUUUGUGAUUAACAAGAAGAAUGUAACUAGGGAAAAAGAGAAAAUAUAAACAUGUUUAUUAUUUAUACUUUAUAUAUACUUAGGAGGCCUGGGUGGCACAAAUGGUUAAGCUCUCUACUGUUAACCAAAAGAUUGUCGGUUUGACCUCAGAGGCACCUUGGAAGACAGACCUGGCUAUUUGCCUCUGAAAAUUCAUAGUCUUGAAAACCCUAUGGAGCAGUUCUCUGCACACAUGGAGUCACCAUAAGUUAGAAUCAAUUUGACAGCAACUAACAAAAACAAAUAUAUACUUAAGUAUAUAUGUGAUAUAUUUUUAUUUAAUACAUAUUUUCAGUAUAGUACAUAAUACGUCUUUUAGUGUAGAGAGAUAGCAUCUUUUUCAACCUAUACACUACAAGAAAAGGAAAACUGGAAAAAAUGCAACCAAGUAUUAACAUAGAUGCUGUUGAUGAGAUUAUGGAUGAUUUUUUUUUCCCCAGUGUUUUUUUUCUUUUUUUUACCAUUCAUCAUGAAAACUUUUUAAGCACACACAAGAAUGAAGAGAAUAUUCUGUGAAUUCCUCCAUACCAUCUUCUGUUUUUAACAAUCAUCAAUUUAUGGUCCUUCCCAUUUCGAACAUAUUUUACUUUCUACUACUAUGUAAAUUCCAGACACAAUAUCAAAGGAUCAGACAUUUUUAUGAGCCUCACAACAAGAACAGGUAAGACAUUCUUCUGCAAUGUUGAGAAUUAAAUCCUUUUUGUAAAGUUGACAUAGACUACUACUGUCAGCUUGUGUCUUGUUUUUCUUUUAAUCCUGCCUACUCCCCCCCACCCCCCUUCAAGAAAUUGUCAGGCCUUUCAAAAGUCCUCUGGGAACUCCAAAUUCCUAUUGAAUAAUAAUAUCUUUAGUAGAAGUAUUCACAUUUAAUUAUACCUCAGCUAUUUCAGAAAGGAUUUCAAGCCAUUUAUAACAAUAUCUAAGACAGUCAAGGUUGUUAUUUGCCAUGGAGUUGAUUUCAACUCCAUAGGAUUUUCAAGGCUAUGAAGAUGAUUGCCAGGCCUGUCCCAUAGAGCCUCUGGGGUGGGUUCAAACUGCCAACCUUUCAGCUAGGGCAUAAUUGUUUGCACCACCUAGGGAUUCCCUAGUCAAGGUAGAAGAAGUUUAACAUGCCUUGGGAAUUAAACAAGAAUGAGACAAAAUUACAAAAAAAGUAAAUGGUAACACAAAGACACAAAAUGGGCCACAGUUUGGUUUUAAACUUUUACAUGAGAAACCUUGUUAAUUUUGUAGCUUAUAGUUUCCAUAAAAUGGAAAUAGAUCCUAUGUUUAAGAGAGUCAAGGGAUUCUUGUUAGUAAAAAGAUAGGCAUUUCUGUCCGUAUUCUUGGUAAAUACAAAACCACAUCACAGAGCUUAUCUUUCACACAAAGGGUGUCUUAGAAAUCAAUAAAGAAAAAUGACCAUCUCAGUUCAGAAAUACAAAAUUCCUUUAUACAUGAAUGUUGAACCUUAGCAAUAAUCAAAGCUGUAUGACAGUGCCUUACCAUUUUUCAACCAUUAAAGUGUUUACUUGGUUGUUGUUUGUUUUUUAAUGAUAGUAUUCUGUCUUGGGCAGGUUUAUAUCUAAAUUGCUUCAAUUUUUUUGGAAGGCAGUUUGGCACUAUCAAAAGCCUUUACAACUAGAUAGUCUUUGUUCUAAUGAUUCUAUUUCUAAGAAUUUAUUUUAAGGAAGUAAUUUUGGAAGUUUGAAAAUACACUAGGAUUUUGUUCAUAGCAUUGUUCAUAAAAACAAAAAAUUAAAAACAGUCUAAUGUUCAUCAAUACAGGUUUGAUAUGGAAUAUCUGCAGUGAUCAAAAUUCUUACAAAAGGAUAUUUAACUUUGUGGAAAGAUGUUCAUAAUAAUUUUAAGAGCAAGUUAACUACUACAUACUAUUACUUGUAAAAAUGUAUUUCACAUGACAUACACAAAAAAGGGCCAGAAGAAGAUUUAUCAGAAUGUUAAUAGUGGUUACCUCUGAAUAGUGAGAUUAUGUAUAAUUCUCUAUUUGCAUUUUCUACAAUCUGUGUGUACUUCAUAAUUACAAAAAACAACAAUUACCAAUACUGAAGAGGUUACUGUGCCAUGUUGGGAAUCCCUUCCUGGACAAUUUCCUUCCAGUGGAGCUAUAUAGCUCAUGAAAGAAAACUUAAAAGUCUCUUGAGAUUAGAGACUACUGUUUCCUGUACUUCUCACUCACCGUUUUCUCUUUAAUUAUAAAAAACAGGAUAUGAAACCAAGGAAGUCGAUGGGAAUCUAAGAUUAGGCCUACUGAAACGCAAAUCACCUCUCUUCAUGCAGAAAAGACACAAACUUUGGUUUACAGAGCAAAAUAAAUCUUCAGUGCAUUAAUAAAUAAAGUAACCUAUCAGGACAAAACCUAAUUAAAAUCCCCAAACCUAUGUUUCUACUCUGAGAACUUCAAAGCCCAAAAUACAGCACUUAGAAAACUACCCCAUCACAUCGACUCCACGCUAUAUAGGCCAGGCCCUGUACAGGCAUAUGGCUUAAAAAAAAACAGAAGUUCAUUUAGUACAGUGCUCCUGACCCCUAAUGGUUCUCAGUCUAGUUGGAGGAAUAACUUCUUAUUGCUUAUUCUCAGGGCUCCAUCAAAAUAUGUGACCUCUGGCCUUCCAGGUCCAAAACUCAAGUAAUUUGUCGCAAAGCUAAUUCUGGAUAGAGGGAGGCUGGGUAACAGCUAGGAAAGGCGAUGUAGCUCAUUCCUCUUUUCUCACCCGCCAACCCCCUUAAAAAUCUCAGUGAGGCUCCCCGACCCGACACUGGACGCCUUGGAGACGCAAUUCGGAGCACCUGGGAGCGACCAGGAAGGUAGCGGCGAGCCUGUCCCUUCUGGAGUUUCUCGGGAUCUGGGACUGGCUGGUCCCUCCGGGCGGAGACCAGACUUGCUUCUCGGCCCCUGCGCCGGCAGGAUUCGCCGCACCCUACGCGGACUUUUCCCAGCUAUUCUCCGACUGUCACCGCCGGAGCCCAAGAGAAAAACGAGUGGCAAGGCAAUUCUGGGGACAAAGGAAGUCGAAACACAGGGGCUGAAAAUGCUUUUGUUAAGGUUUUGGUUUUUUGUUCCUCACCAUCUUCAGAAGGAAGAAACCCUUAGGUCGAGGCUACCCACACUCAAGAUUUCAAUGAGGAUUAGAGGUUGGAAAGCCGACCAACUAGCUUCCUUGUUUCCUUUACCUGGGUGGGCUGUGCAGAGGAUAUAUAUUUGCGCGCCCUUCUCAAGAUGGGGAUAACAGCUGAAAGCCCCAUGACUGUCCAGUUUUUUCUCUUCUCGCAGUCUUUUUGUUUUUCAAUCCACAGGUGACCUUCUCCGGCAGUUACCAAGCAACCCUGACGUCACCACUUCCUUGGCUAAACGUCAGUCUCACCGCUCGCUUAUUGCCUAUUUUAGAGAAAAAUCUGCCGUUUUUCUUGAGUGUCAGGAUGGCCGAGUGGUCUAAGGCGCCAGACUCAAGCUUGACUUCCUCUGCAUGGAGGGUUCUGGUCUCCGAAUGGAGGCGUGGGUUCGAAUCCCACUUCUGACACAGAGGGUUUUUUUUCAUGCCAUUUUCAAACAAAUACGAUGGUCUAAACAGUAUAUAUACAAACAACUGAAAAUCCCGACAAAUAACUGACAAUCUAUAAUUUAAAAAAUGUUUUCACUGGGGUUAACCUGAUUUUGAAAGCGGGAGCAUCGCGAUACUUUGUUGAAGCCGCGAGAUUUGGGGGGUAAGGUCGCAUAAUAAAGAGCGGUUAGGCUCUGUUGCAUCGCGAGAUGAUCCGGAAGCCGCGAUACUUGGGGCUUGGGAGGCUCGCCGCUGUAAGGUACGAGAGGAGAAAAGGGUCGACCGCCUAGGAUACCAUCAUCUGUAUGUACUCCUGGCUCGCCUGGGGUCUCGUCUGGAUACUUCCUAUAGCCCUUUCCGUCCAAUCCCAUUCACCCCUCUGGCUCACUACAAUGCUGUCUCUUUCUGAAGAACUCCUACACAGAUCCUUUCCAUUCUCAGAAUCAUGGAACUAGCUCACAAACAUUUCCUUUGUUAAGUUAUGCGCAUUCACACGUUGGCCGCUGAUAAUUAUUGUUUUGUCUCAGUCAAAACUAAGUACAAUUUAAACUCCCAUCGCACACAAAUGUAUAGAAUAAAAUACAUGAAAAUUCUGUAUCUCCCCUCAAUGUAAGCACUGUCAAAAGUUUCUUUACAGUUUUUUCAUUGCAUUCAUUAUAUAUAUAUAUAUACACACACAUGCAAACACACACACAUACGUAUACACACACAAUAUUUUGUUUAUUUUUUACAGAAAUGCAGUCUAUGCGCAUCGUUCUCUGACAUGUUUUUUACUUUAUAUUUCGGGAUCUUGCCUUGUGCACACUGAUUCUUCUUCCUUACAAAGGAGAUAUUGCAGAUUAUUCCACCGUAUGGAUACAUCUACUUUAUAACCACUUUUUUGCUAAACAUGUAGGGUCUUUCCAGUAAUUGCUCAUUCAACAAAAAUUUAAUGAGUGCUCUUUAUGUACCAGGAAUGCAUUCCCCAGAGAUAUAGCAGUAAAAAAAAAAAAAAAAAGUUUGCUCUUGUAUAGUUCAUAUCCUAGUUAAGUGACUGGCUGUCUCAGGAACACCACAUUCCAAGAUUUCGUUAUGUUUUAGGAGAAGAUAAAUCUUCCAUCUUCAGACUAAAUGUCUAAUCCCAGUUAUUGAAGAUUCAUAUCUGCAGGAUGUAAGGGUAAAUACAAAUUAAAAAUAAGAGAUUCCACCCCCUCCUUUUCUUUGAUCAAUCACUUUAGAAAACUCGUGAAGUCUUUCUCUGUUUCUUAGGAGUAUGUAAAUCAAGGAUGUUUCCUCAAGGGUCUGGAAGUUAUCUCUUUGGAAAUAUAAUCAUCAAGGAAGAGCUCCCUACCGCCUCCCAGCUUCCUGGGAGGAGAUUACCACAACUUCAGAAUCUAUACCUAUAUACCAUACCAUUUGAAAGAAUCCAAGAUUUGGAUUAGUGAUAAUUCUUGACCCGAAGAAACUCCUUGGAGAGCGGAGUUUGAUCUUGACAACGUGAGAAGCAAACAGCCGGUUAACUCCGGAGCUUUACUGAUAGAGAUUCCUUAUGCCGUUUCCUAAGUCACAAUGUAUCUGCCAUCUAGGCUGUCCUGCUCAUCAUAGAAGAGUUGCCUAUUUCCUUUCCACCUGAAAAGAACCUUAAAGGGGAUAUCUCAACCAAGAAUGUUUAAUACCUUUUUUUGAGGCGGUUGUUUCAACCCGGCAGACCAUGAAGCCAAGAGAAGCUGCAGAGUUGUCCCUCCAAGUUACACAGGAGCCUGUAGGGCUUCAGAUCGUGAAGGUGGAGGAAGAUGAACAUAUCUGGAGACAAGAAUCCAGCUUUCAAAGGAAAGAAAGCCAUACCAGGGAGAUCUUUCGCCAGCGGUUCAGGCAGUUUUGCUAUCAAGAGACACCUGGGCCCCGAGAGGCGCUGAGCCAGCUCCGGGAGCUCUGCCGACAAUGGCUGCAGCCUGAGAUGCACAGCAAGGAGCAGAUCCUGGAGCUGCUGGUGCUGGAGCAGUUCCUGACCAUCCUGCCUGGAGAGCUGCAGAGCUGGGUGCGGGAGCAGCAUCCAGAGAGCGGGGAGGAGGCAGUGACAGUGCUGGAGGAUUUAGAGAGAGAGCUGGAUGAGCCAGGAGAGCAGGUUCCUAUUAGCUCACAGGAAAUGCCUUUGAAGGAGACAGAACCUAUGGAAACAGCACAGGAGUCACCAUGUUUAAAGUUGCCCUUGGCAAACCAGUUAAAAAAUGAAUCUUCGCUAUCCAACCACCCCUUGCAAGACAAUGAGCUGAGCAUACAGAAUUCAGAAAGUGGAUCCGAGUCACCAGCUUCUGUGGCCUUGAAUCCGUCAGUGGCAGCCCCGACACCCGUGGCCCAGCCGGUGCCCGCUUCAUCACAGUCCCUGGCAACCACCGAACUGCUUUCUGCCUCCAUGGAUUUGCCUAGUCUAGUAUUUAAUUGGACACUGGUCCAGGCAGAGGGCUCAGCUACCAAAGGGGCCCGGAUGGAGCUGAUUUCCCUCCCCAGAGUGCAGCAGGUACCGAAGCCGGUACAGUCUGUGCAGCGUGUCUACUCGGCCCAGGUGCAGUACAUGGAGGGGGAAGACACCGUCUACACGGAUGGAGCCAUACGGACGGCCUAUACCUACAACCCUGAGGCCAAGAGGUACACCCCCAGCAGUGCUACAUCGUACUUCGAGGCCCCAGGCAACCCCCAGCUGACUGUUGCAGCCUCGUCCCCACCAGCAGUCCCCUCCCACAGCAUGGUGGGCAUCGCCAUGGAUGUCACAGGGACCCCCAUCGUCUCCAGCACCGGCGCCUAUCUCAUCCAUGGAGGGAUAGACAGCACGAGGCACUCCCUGGCCCACACGUCUCGGUGGUCACCAGCCACGCUCCAAUGGCUGUUAGAUAAUUACGAAACUGCCGAAGGUGUGAGUCUCCCCAAAAGUUCUCUCUACAACCACUACCUUCAGCACUGCCAGGAGCACAAGCUAGACCCUGUGAAUGCUGCCUCCUUUGGGAAACUGAUUCGUUCUGUGUUUGCGGGCCUGAGGACGCGACGCCUGGGAACCAGGGGCAACUCCAAGUGUCAUUACCACGGGAUCCGCCUGAAGCCAGACUCCCUGCUGAACCAGCUGCAGGAGGACACGCAGUACAUGGCCAUGCAGCAGCAGCCCGUGCAGCAGAAGCCCAGGUACCAACCAGCCCAGAAGAUGGACAGCCUCGGGGACAGCGGCUUCAACAGCAGCCUGCAGAGCAUGCCCGAGUAGGCCAUGGCCACCCAGAGCCAGCACCACCAGCAGUACAUAGUUCAGGAGGCUAGAAAGAAGUGCUUGGCUGGUAAUGAAAGACUGGCGGUUCGAACCCACCCGGUGGCUCCACAGGAGAAAGACAUGGCUGCCUGCUUCUGCAAAGAUUACAGACUAGGAAACCCUAUGGGAUUGUCCUACUUUGUCAAAUGGGGUUGCUAUGAGUCGGAAUUGGCUUGAUGGCACCUAACAACAACAGCAGCAGGAAGAAUGGAACCCAGAGGCAUUGAUGAGGAAGAGGCCACAACUGGUCCCAGAAUUAGCACAAGCUUUGGAAUAAUGUGUGCUUCCCUGUCAUUCCAAUACUGGACUAAAUAAAUUGUUGUAGAACACAAAAAAGGACAAAAAUGUCCCAAUACAUUUUAGGGAGGUAACUUAACCUUGACUAUGAAAUCUGCAAAGAUUGCAUAAAGAUGUGGCAAUUAUUAACGAAACUCAAUAUCACCAUGAACAAAUAAGGGGGAAAUGUAAAAGUGUAAAAUGAUUCUCUACGCAGAUUCAAACGUCUUGAAGUUCUAACUCCAUUUGAAUAAAUGGAAACUGGAAUCUGUAUAAGAAGCAUUCUAAGUGUGUUUAAUGCAACAGAAAACUCCAGUCAGUGGGAAUCCCCUCUCCCUUUUUCAAAAGAUUGGUGAAUGUUUCCAGUUAAAAUAUUUGAAGUAAUAUUAUUUUUGGAUCCCCAUUUUUGCUCUUUUAAACUCUCUUACCCCUUCUGGUACUUAUAGAUACCACUUAUAUUUUCCACCUCUAAGGUUUUUGAGGUUUCUGGGGAGGCUUUUUUUACCACUUACAGCACAUGCCGGUGUGGGCCGGGGACUUUCUGUAACUGCGUAAAACAGAAGAAAGUUCGUGGGCGCAUAUUGCUGGGUUGAGAGGUUAUUGUGUGAGGUGCUGCAUCCUGGAGGAGUGACUGCAUAAAACUUUACUCUCUUUGGGCUUCCAUACAUCGAAAUAAGGAUUAUAAGUAUAUUUCCUGCUUCCUUGUGUAUGGUUGGGAAGGUGCGGUUUUCAGGGUUAGGUAAUAUUCAAGUGAAUAAGUUAUUUUGAGGUUCGGUACAGCAUAAGCACGUGUCCUUGAUGUACUGUAUGACCAAUGGUACAUAUAAAUACCACUUACAUUUUUUGCUUCUUGGGCUUCUGAACAGCAAGAUAAGCCUUGUAAGUAUACUUACGGUUUCCUGUGUGUUAUUGGGAAGGUGCGGUUUUGGGGAUUAGAUAGAUAAUUUCAAGUGAAUAAUUUAUUUUCAGGUGCAGUACAGUGUAAGCAUGCACUGUAGCGUCUCUGACGUACUGCAUGCCUGUUUCAUGCGAUUGUCAAGGACCUAUCUUCUGGAUUAUGAGCUGUAAGGAGUUGUUUUGCAAUACAGAGUAAUUUGUUGCAGUAGCAAUGCUCCCACAACAGCGGCUUACUGUGGACUGGGAAAUCAAAACAGGAGGAAAACCAUCUUUUCUUGUCAGGAACAAGCCAGGAGUUAGCAGGGUGUCAAAUGAUGUAUGGCUCGAACAGGUUGGAAAGCAUUUACCUGUCAAGGAAACCAGAAGGCGAUGCAGAGAAUGCAGCACUGAAGAAGCAGACUCGAACAACAAUUACGUGCAGCCACCGCAGGGUGCCAUUAUGUGUUACCCCAUGUUUUAAAAGUUUCACUCAAUAAAAUGUAAUUGCUAAGAUAAAAUGAUUCCUUCCCAGCCUCAUUCCACUUAUCCUGCCUAUGGAGCCCAUGGAUACAUAUGUAUACCACUUAAUAAAAAUCCAUCUUACAAACAAAAAAUUACCAACACUCAGUGAUUCAGCAUCAGUGAAUGGAAUUUGACAUUCCAUUAGUGAAAAACAUUACCUCAAAAAAUUACAGACAUAAAAUAAUUCAAUUAUGAAUGAGUUUAAAACAAAACAAAAACUGAUCCUAGUCAGGUGGGAGAAUAAGGCUUUAUUAUAUCCUUAAACUAAAAAGGAAAGUUACCUUAGUAGAAUUGAGAUCGUUUAUGUAAAUUCAAAGCCAACAGUAUACUUGAGGAAUGAAUAUGCAGUCAGUCUGGCCUAAUCAAGUAUGAGAACAAUGAAAGGGAGGCAAAAAGUACAAAAAUCGAGUUAGGAGAAACGAGUUUUUAUU